GACCGGGCCACUAUCCCCGAUGAGGCAAUUUGGAAGAUCAUCAAUCAGCUUGAUUCGUAGAAGCAAUGAUAGCGUCAUGCGGGGACCACGAGAGUCAGCACCAGUAAAUUAGCUGUACAGGCUGAAUGUAACAUCAAUCGGAGAAGGCUGGCAGCUAAGAAGCGGGGUUAAAAUGAGUUGCCAAGUGAGCACCACAAACAAACAUGAACUUCUUGUACCUUCUCACCCUCCUUUUCACUGCUGCAGUAGCAGUAGCUACAGCAACACCAGCGAAAGUUCUCUUACCAACCAAGCGAGAUGGCUCCAGCGUCGUCUCCGCCGUGAACACCAUCUCUGCCCAGCUUGUUACCCUCAAUACCACCGUGAGCAGCUACCCGGGCGGCAUUGAAGGAACACUAUCUGCUCUCCAGAUUCAAGCGGAAACCAUUCAGCUCGAAGUCGAUCUGAAGACCGCAAUCAAAGUGACCCGGCAGUCUGCCAAUUUCACCGACACCGAAUCGCAGAAGGUAGCGGAAGCUUUCGUUACGCUGGAGCCACAGAUCGCAUCUACACUGGCCAACAUUGUGUCGAAAAAGUCUGAUUUUGAUGAUGGGCUGUUGGGAAUCGCGUCAUUGAGUUUCCUGGUCAAGUUCGAUCUGCAAGAGUUGAGCAUUCUGUCGAAGGCAUUGGGGUCAGCGGUACAGGACAAGCUGUCAGGGACGUAUGCGGAUUUGGCACCAUUGAUUCUGAAUGAGAUUUCGACUGCGUUCAAGAAGGCGAUUGCGGCUUAUUCAUAGAGUGGAGGAUUCAUAGAGUGGAGGAUGGGUGUCAUUCAGAGCUCAACUUGUAGUUAGGCCUUCUCGUCUGCACGUGUCUUUAAACUUUGUUGAAAAUGCUAUGGUAAUAGAAGCAGGAACAUAAUUUCUUUCAUAACUGGACGUCAUCGAUCAAAUGAAUAUAUAAUGUGUUGAACGUUUGUUGAUUAGUUGCCACAUAUUAUGAAUAUACCCGGG